UUCUCUUUGUUUUUGUGCCGCUGGCUGAUGUCUCGUACUGUCGUACGAGAUUCUUGAGAAUAAAAGGUGCAGAAUAAGAGAAGAUAAAGAGAAAAAGAGCGGCGAGGAGCAGGUCAAGAAGUGUCGAGAAAAAGUCGCCUCCUUUACAUUAGGCGCUGCAUUGAGGUAUCUUAAUGGCUUCCAAGCCUGCACUGUCCAUGUGAGAAACAAAUCUUAGAAAAGAAGAGCAGACACUUGGGAGGGAGAGAAGAGUUUUACACGCAGCAAUGACCUCCACCAAAGAGGACAGCGUGAAUGAAAGACUGGCACACAUUAAAGAAGAGGACUAUGAGUGGGGUGUACCAGAGAAUGUCAAGCCCGAGGCCUGUGAAGGGAGAAUUUCAGUUUUCAAAGAGGAGGAGUGCAAGAGGGAGAUUAUUGAAGUUAAGGUGGAGGACCUGAAAGAUGUCUCACUUAACCUUGACACCCUGAAGGUUUUCAAGCAAGAGGUUUCUGAAGAAUUUCAUUCCAGUUUACAGCAUCGCGACAUUGACCCGGGACAACUGGCUGCCCAGCAGAAUUCUGUGAACCUGAAAUCGGAGUUCUCUGAGUUUGAAGAGAAAACCAAUGAAGGAAACGGGAAAGAAGAAGAAGGCCGGCCAUCAUCUAGGAAUGUGGGAAUAAAUUUAUGUGUGAAUAUCCGCUUCUCCCCAUCUUCACCUGCUCAGCCCUUUCUUGAGUGCAAACUGGAACAGAAACAGGACAAAGAGAAGAUGAAGAUAUCAACAAGAGGAUCAGAAAAUUUGGCAAUGGUCUCUUUCCAGUGUAAUUCUCUUGCUGUGAGAGAAGCUGUCAAAACUGACCAAGAACAAGGACAUAACACGGAUCAAGAGGCUUUGUGCACUGGUCAAGAAUGUGGAGAAACUUUGAAAAACAAGUCUGACUGUAAAGAUAACAAGUCAGUUCAUUCAAAGCCAAAGCCAUAUUGCUGUUCCGAAUGUGGCAAAAGUUUCCUCCAUAACAGCAAGCUUCAGACACACACAAGAAUUCAUACUGGAGAAAAGCCUUUUUGCUGUUCUGAAUGUGGCAAAAGAUUUACCAAGCGUAGCAAUCUGCAGAGUCACACAAGAAAUCAUACUGGAGAAAAGAGAUAUUAUUGUUCUGAAUGUGGCAAAAGAUUUAGCCAGAUUAGCAGUCUUCAACGUCACACAAGAAUUCACACUGGAGAGAAGCCGUAUUGCUGUUCUGAAUGUGGCAAAAGAUUUAGCCAGAUUAGCAGUCUUCAGCGUCACACAAAAAUUCAUACUGGAGAAAGGCCAUAUUGCUGUUCUGAAUGUGGUAAAGGAUUUAUCCGGAGUAGUGAUCUUCAGAGUCACACAAGGAUUCAUACUGGGGAGAAGUCAUAUUCUUGCUUAGAAUGUGGCAAACGAUUUUCUGUCAAGUCCAAUCUCCAGAAACACAACAGAAUCCACACAGGAGAAAAGUCAUAUUGCUGUUCUGAAUGUGGAAAACGAUUUUCUGACAGUUCCAGUCUGUCAACCCAUAAGAGAAUCCACACUGGAGAAAAGCCAUAUGGCUGUGCUGAAUGUGGCAAAAGGUUUAGCCAGAUUAACGAUCUUCAGAGUCACACAAGGAUUCAUACUAGGGAGAAGUCAUAUUCUUGCUUAGAUUGUGGCAAAUGAUUUUCUGUGAAGUCCAAUCUCCAGAAACACAACAGAAUCCACACAGGAGAAAAAUCAUAUUGCUGUUCUGAAUGUGGAAAAUGUUUUUCUGACAGUUCCAGUUUGUCAAUCCAUAAAAUAAUCCAUACUAGAGAAAAGCCAUUUGAAUGUGUUGAGUGUGGGAAAGGUUACUUCUUUAACAGCAAGCUUCAGGCACACAUAAGAUUUCAUACUGGAGAUGUGGAAUAGAACUACUGAGAUUGUACCAGUGGUGCUGGGAUCAAUAGGCAUUAUUAAAAAAAAAAAAAUUUCCAGGCCAAUCUGAAUGCCUCACCCAUCAACAUCACUCCAUUUGAAUUACAGAAGGAUGCACUAUUAGAAACAAUACAAAGUACUACACUGAGCACUGGAAGCAAACCUAAGAAAAUAACAACAGUAGCCGUGCAAAAAUCACUCCAGAAAAACAAACACACUUCAGGAUUCACAAGGGAGGUUCAAUCCUGUCCUGAAAAGUAAGCAGGUUAAACCGUUCUUGAGAAAUCAAUCCCCCAAGAGAGAAAGCUGUACUGCUGUUCUGAAUGUGGCAAAAGAUUUAGCAUGUGUAGCAGUCUUGGUGUGCACAAUCAGAUUCAUACUGGGGAGAAGCCAUAUACCUGUGCUGAAUGUGAAAAAAGAUUUUUUUAGGAGUACCACAAUAGAAUUCACACAGAAUCCUGCACCUUCAAUUUCAUUGUUCUUUUGCAAAAAUGACAAUGACAAUAAAGAUCUAUCUAUCAUAUAAUGCCUUUCUCUAUCUGUCCUUCUAUCUAUAUUGCUGUUGUGAUUGUGGAUUAUGAUUUUCUGACAAAAUGCAUAAAAGAAUCCACUGGAGAAAAGCCCUAUGGCUGCUCUGAAUGUGGCAAACGAUUUUCUGUCAGUGUUGGUCUCAAACGACAUGCAGGAAUCCACAUUGGAGAAAUGGCAUAUUUCUGUUCUGAAUGUGGCAAACAAUUUCCUGACAGUAGCCAUAAUUUUGGCAGCAUAAACAACUUCAUACUGGAGGGAUGUCAUAAUGCUGUUCUCCAUUUAGCAAAAGGAUUCUCCCAUAACCACUGUCUUUAAAAUCACUUUAGAAGUCACACUGUGCUGCAGUUGUGAAUGUGCCAGAUGAUUGUCCCAUAACAGCCGCCUGCCCAAUCAUUCAUAGAUUCACACUGAAGGAAAUCCUUACUGCUGCUGUAAGUGUGGUAAAGGAUUCUCGCUAUUAAGUAAUUUUCAUGGUCACUUCAGACUUAUUUCUAUUCUGGAUUCUCAUUGUUGUCAUGAGGGUGGUAAGCGAUUUUUCAAUCAGCAGUUGACUUCAUAACCAUAAAGGAAUUCACACAGAGGUAAGAAGCCUCAGGGCUGUUCUGAAUGUGCCAAGUAUUUCCCGCACAGCAGGAGUCUUAAUGGCAACCGGACCACUUACACUGGAGCUGCCAUGACAAAGUUAGUGAGAGGAUAGAGAAUGAAGGAAUGGAAGGAAAGUUGAAAUGUAACUCUCCAAACUACUCCAGUUUUGAUGAGUAAUGGUGGCCUAACACAUUAAACAUAAAAAUAAUUAAAAGUAAUGUGCAUUAUUUAAUGAGAUCUCUGUAACAUAAUGCUUAGGUAUUUUUGUUCCAGUAAAUUGUUCUACUUGGGUAUGGGGGGUGAGGGGGAUAGUGUAACUAUGAAAGCUUAUUUUCACCUUUUUAAAAAAAUAAAAAAUUAUGUAUUAUUUCAUAGAAGUUUCCCCUUUAAUUGCAAAGACCAUGUUGCCUGAU